AUGGUACAAGCAAUCAAGCUUUCUGAGUUGACAAGCAGAAAGAGAUCGGCCAACCAAGAGCUUGGCUCUAGCGAAGCAUCGGAUAUCGAUGUUAGCAGCGGUAUUGACACAAGUGAUAGCGACGACAGUGAUAAUGAUGGAGACAGUAAUGAAGAGGUUGUGAAUAUUGAUUUUGACUUUUUUAAUGGUGAUCCAAAUGUCGAUUUUCAUGCAUUCAAGAACCUGUUGCGUCAACUUUUUGGUCCGCAGGAGAGUAAUAGAAUUCAGUUGAGUAAGCUUGCUGAUCUCAUGCUUGAAUCUCCAACUACAACGAUCAAAACAGACGGGAUUGAGUCAGAUCCAUAUUGCUUUCUUUCAAUUAUCAAUUAUGAGGAACACCGUGACUGCGAUUACGUCAAGUAUCUAUCUAAAGUUGACACAAGAAUCCAGACGUUUCUGCAAACAGUGGACGCCAAUGGCGCUAAGUCAUGUGCACUAAUCGUAAGUGAAAGACUCAUCAAUAUGCCUGCUGAGGUUGUUCCUCCUUUGUAUAAGAUCACACUGGAAGAUGUCACCAAAACGCUGGGUGACGACAAACAUCAUGAUUUUUACAUCAUCCUUAGUAGAAAGUACGAAGUCAACUUUGAUAUGGACAGCGAUGAUGAUGAUGACAGCGAUCAGAACAGCAAGGCACGAUCGAGGAAAAGAGUAAAGCAAGCCGAGGUCGACUAUUUCCAUGUUGAAGACCGCCAUUUUGAGAAAAAUGCGAAGUUGAAAUUCCAAUCAGAGCCAAGAAAAGGAAUAAUUAACUCAUACAUCAUUCUAGAUCAUGCUUCACUGAUCAAGAGUAUCCACGAGCUUGAGCAGGAGAUCCAAACUUGGUAA